CAGCCUUGUGUCGCUCAGACAUACGGCUGUGAAGCUGACGGAGAGACCGAGCUGCACGCUAAUCAAGGGCACCAUCAGGUUCCAGACGGUGAAUCAACGUACGCGGUGUUUAUCUACCACGUGCGCAUCCGGAUCGUCAUCUUGCGCGCCAUUACCUAAAGCGCAAGUGCAAUCGUCGUGCGCAGCGCCCUCCCAUCAGCUACUAUAACAAGACGCGUCGGAAACCAACAAGUGGGAUUUGCGGCCUAAUGCUUGUCGCCUUAACAAGACUGUUGUCGCAUUCUAGAAACGCCGGUUUUGGUAUCAGACGAUGCCGAAGAAAAAUAUCUGCGUAGUGGGCGCCGGACCCAGCGGUCUGGCUUGCGCUCGCCAGAUGCUCGACUACGGUUUCGACGUGGUGCUGUACGAGCGGUCCGCAGAGUUGGGAGGCCUCUGGGCGUACCACGACGAUGACGUCGAGGGACGGGCCUCGGUUAUGCGCACUACCAUCAUCAACACCAGCAAGGAGAUGAGCGCUUUCAGUGACUUCCCUCCACCCAAGGACCUCCCCAACUAUAUGCACAACACGAAGAUGCUGGGCUACUUCCGGAGCUACGCCGACCACUUCGGCAUCACCAAGCACGUGAAGACAGGGCACGACGUGGUGCAGGUGACGCCAGCUGCCGACUACGAGAAGACGGGCCGCUGGGACGUGAUCGUCAGAGACCUGGAGACGAGCACCGACCGCACGGAGACGUUCGACGCCGUGGCCGUGUGCGUAGGCCAUCACGUGUAUCCGAACGUGCCGCACUUCAAGGGGCAGGAGAAGUUCCGUGGCCAAAUAGUGCACUCGCACAGCCUGAAGAACGCCGACAGCUUCCGGGACCGACGGGUGGCCGUUGUCGGCAUCGGCAAUUCUGGGGUCGACGCCGUCGCCGACGUCAGUCACGUGGCACUUGAGACCUAUCUGUCCACGAGAAGAGGAGCUUGGGUGUCCCGGCGAGUCGGCCCCAACGGCGCGCCCAUCGACAUGUUCCUUAAGACGCGACUCAAGACCUACCUGAUGAGCUUGUUACCAGACUCACUGGCCAACGACUACGUGGAAAGCAUCUUGAACGAUUCCUUCGACCACGAGGCGUACGGACUAAAACCUGAGCACCGCUACAAUGCGCAGCACCCGACUAUCAACGACGCUUUACCAAACCUCAUACUCAGCGGGAAGGUUCGCGUAAAGAAGAACAUCGCCGAGUUCACCGAAGACGGAGUGAUCUUCGAAGGUGACGACAAAGAAACCCCAUUGGAUGACGUUAUCUUGGCCACGGGAUACAAGAUCAAGUUUCCUUUCUUGCCGAAGGAAGUUGUGUCCGUAGAAGAAAACGAAGUGCAGCUUUACAAGCAUGUCUUCCCGCCUCAGUUGAGACAUCCGAGUCUGGCCAUCAUCGGGCUGAUCCAGCCGGUCGGCCCCAUAUUCCCCGUUGCCGAGAUGCAGAGCCGCUGGAUGGCCGAGCUGCUGUCCAAGAAACGCUCGCUCCCCUCGGAGGAGGUCAUGUUCGAGGACAUCCGAAAGAUGCGAGACUCCAUGCGGCGGCGCUACGUCACGUCGCCGCGCCACACGAUCCAGGUGGACUGGCUCAGCUACAUGGACCAAUUGUCCAGCGAGAUCGGCGCGCGACCCAACAUUCCCAAGUACUUCUUCACGGACAACGAACUCUUCCGCGCGCUGCUCGGACCCUGCGUGCCUUACCAGUUCAGGCUCGAAGGUCCGCACUCGUGGCCCGGUGCGCGGCAGGCUAUCCUCGAUUCUCGCCACAGAGUGAUGUACCCCCUUAAUGACCGAUGCACAUCCUUCGGCAAGAAGAGGAAGGGCCCGUCGGCAUUUAUCUAUAUAUUCCUUUUAUUCUUUGUGUUGGCCGUUGCAUACGUCUUUACCGGACCACAAGAGCAUUCCUAGAUACUCCGCCCGUCCUAGUUCGUCACCUUAUGAACAACGAAGUUACCUUGCCAAUCCAAGCCAAGAUAAAUUGUUCCAACCUGGCAUCGAGUUCAACUGUACCAUACUGCAUAUACCAGACGUCACGGCGUGUAAUAAAAAAAAGCUAACUGAUCGCUUUGUUCCAUGAGCAAUCAGCCAUUGAAAUGGGGUAAAAAUGCAGAAUGUAACCCUAAUGUUCCUACAGUUGAAUACAGUGUUGUCAGUGACCCGCUGAUGAAACGCAUGUAUCUGGUUUUAAGCAUGCAAGAGUCGGCGAGAAUCGCUGGCCUCAUCCAUUAGUGCGGAAGCAUCUCAAAAUAAUAACUGUUUACUGGUAUACCUUGAAGGCAACUGUGGCAUGAUCAUGUGCCAUUGCACAAAACAGAAGCGUGGAACUCUGUUGAUAAACUUGGUAUAGGGCAAUGUUAUCAAGCGUAUUUUUAAAUUUGUUGCAAGAAAUGCUGCUAAUGCUGCAUUGCGCCGAGCGUAUACCCUUAAAAUACUGUAUAGUGGGUGAGAAAUGGUCACAGCAAAAAAAAAAACAAAAAAAGGCAGAUCCCACGCAUUGAGGGAGUCGAUUUUAUGCAAGCCCUAGGUCUAUAUACAUACUGUGUUGCAGUAGGAUGCGCUUUAAAAAUUCCAGGAUGUGCGAUUUCUGAUCAAAAGAACAUAAAGCGCCGUGCCGAGUAAGUUUUAAUAAGAGUGCAUUAUGAAAAAAGUGCAGCGGUGCAGAAACCGAAUCCCAGCUGAUUGCGCGCGCUGGCAACGCCAAAAAAAAAAAAAACUGUUUGUCGGAACACAGCAAAAUAUUUGCAAAUUCAUAGCAACGUUGGGAAUAUUAAGGAGACAAGAAAUAGGAAAUGAAACAAUUAAGUAGUGAUGUCAAUCAUUUUUGAUGACCUAUUUUCUACGUAUCGCAAGAUGCACCUUACAUACCACCCGUACGUUCGACUGCUGGCGUUCCGAAUCAAGACGUCGCGCACAACUUCCAAUUACCGUACACACACAACUUCUAUUACGCAUAUCAACCAAUUGAACAGCAAGCAUGGUGCGCAAGCAAGCUAUGCGUCAGCGAUCAGUCGAAGGACGCAAUGUUGAAUGUUCUCGAUGUUGUUCGAUAACGUUCUCGAGUGCAGUGAACCUGAACACCGACUGCAAAGCUAGCGCAAACAGUCAAGAUUCACCAAAUGUCGAAGUAUAUGGCAUCUCACACGAUGUCACUGCGCUAAUGCAACUAUGUUUACAGCUCCGGACCUAGCGAACACAGCCGGGCGUGACACGAAAAGAGACCGAUGAAGCCAUGAAGAGAGUUCGCGAGCACAUAUGGCAACAUUCGCCGUACGUUUCAUUAGUUACACCGCUAACCGCGCAGUCGAUCCAUACCUGUCGAUGACUCGAAAUCACUGCUAAUAUCCUCUUGAAGAAACACACACACAUAAUGCCGUUCCGCCGAGCGUAACACGGCACCAAGGAUCGGUCACUUCUUAACACACGCUAACAACGCACCGGACGGUCUGGAAGGGAAAUGGCCGCCGCCGCCCAAUGUUGCCCGCGUGCAGCCUACCUUUGCGGUACCUGAUUUUCCAGUGACUCUAACACAUCGUAGAGUUACUGCAUACGCUCCUUUAGGUCAAAGGUAGCAUAUACAGUAACUAACGCAGCGCUCCUCUAUCGUCUUUCGACGACAUUUGCAGCGAAGCACGCAGAUACGCGGCCAAUUUUUGUGAUUAGAUGAUAGCUGUGCAUAUGUGCUUGCAAGUGCAGUGUUUCUCUGUAAUUAAAAAUUGAUUUAGGAGUCAGUGCUGUCAAAGUCUUCGUCUCGUUUUCUUUCUUUUUGAAAAAAAGCAUGUCAUUUACCUGCACAUGGCCACCUAUCUCAAAAUGAAUAUUUUGGAGACUUGCCGACAAGUUGAUUUAUUGCCCUUUUUAGCUACAAAACACCAUGUACUUGUGUAAAUUCACUUCUCUGUCCUAUUCUGCUGCGCAUUUUUCGCUAUAUGUCAUGAACUAUCUACUAAUUUUGAACAUCAUUACAUAAAUAAGUUAAGAGCCAAGCCCUUUAAUAGGAAGCAGUGCUUAAAUAAAUCCUUUUCUUUUUUUAUGCGAA